GUCGGCGGUGGCGGCUGCUGCUGCUAUUGCUGCUGCUGCUGUCUCCUCCUCUUCUCUUCCUCCUCCUCCUCCUCCGGCUGGGAGCUUCAGACAUCUUAGGAGAGGCGGAGGAGGGUGAGAUUUCCGGGCCCCCGAAGCGGACGGAGCUUUCCAAGCCAGCCAAGCCAAACCAAGCGCCGGGUAGCCUCUCUUUCGGAUUUUUACGCACCGCGCCGAGCCCAUGGGAAGCUGCUCCGGCGGGGGGACCCCGAGGGAAGAGGAUCGCGGCGUGGCAGGGCUUGCACCGUCCCCCUGGGAUCUGCUUUUGGGCUUUUCUUGAUUCUUAAAGUGUUGGUUUGAUUAUUAUUUUUUCAAAUCAUUUAUUUUUUUGCAACCUCCCCCCCACCUUUAAAAAAAAACACACACACACACUCCUCCCCAAGAAUCCGCUCUGCUGGGAGCUUGGCACGGAUUUUGGAGACGUCUUUGGAUGCGCAGCCAAAGGAAUUAUUAUUCUUAUUUUUUUUGGUGAUUAUUUGGGGGGGGGGGGUGUUUAAGGGGAAAAAAAAGAGAGAGAAGGGUCAGCGGCCUUGCACGGAGCGGCUCGGGCACUAAGGAGCAACAGGAAAUGGCCGGGAUGAGCAUCGCGGGCCCAAACGUCCUUAGUGCGUCGCAUCGCUGAUUCUUAGGAGAGGCCCCCAAAAGAAGACUGCUCCCCCCAACCCCCCCUUUGGCAAUGGCUGGAUCUACGCAACCGGCAACCCAGACCUGGCGAGGGGCUGAAAGCCACUACCCCUCCCAUGCCAUGUCCUACCCUGUGGCCUUAAAUCAGCCCCAUGUGGAUGUGAGUCUCUUGGAAUAUCAGCACCAUCCCAGAGAAUACACUUCCCACCUGCCGCCAGGAUCUCUCUUACACCCGCAACGACGCAGGCCCUCCUUGUUAUCCGAAUUUCAGCCGGGAAAUGAAAGAUCCCAGGAGACGCACGCUCGGGCCGAGUCCCAUUCCUAUCUCUCGGAUCUGAGCAAACCGUCGGAAAUCGAAUUCAUUGAGACCAAGCGGCCUCGGAUGGAGCUGUUACAGGAGCCGCUGCUGAGGCCUCCGACUCUGCUCAGCCAGGCGGGAACAGAGGGUUUCUCCAGGGAUCGAGGCAUCACCGGGAAACUGGAGCCCGUUUCUCCCAUCACCUCUGCCCAUUCUGAUUUGGAAUUGGAUCUCCUCCCAUCCCGGCUCUCGAAGGAGGAGCUGAUCCAGAACAUGGACCGUGUGGACCGAGAGAUGACCAUGGUGGAACAGCAGAUCUCCAAGUUGAAAAAAAAGCAGGUAACAAGACCUCUCCUUUCCCCCAAACUGACGUUAACGGAGAUCGGCUGA